CUACCGCCAUGUUAACGUUCUAUCAGUGCACUUUUGAAUUCCACUUUUUUAAAACCGCUUCUACUUUAGUUCCAACGAGAGCCCGUCCAGUUAGGACAUUUAGAUAUACCUUUCUGUUGUGCCUGUGGCGGGUGUCUCUCCCUCUCAUAUAUUCGAAGACACGAACCAACUGAUAACUGAGAACCGGACGCUCGGACGGUUUUUGUGAGUCGGAAAAGAGGAGGAGCGACUGCAGGCGACCGGACGACUGAGAGAGUAUUGGAGUCGGUUUGCGAACACCAACGAGAACCCAGCAGCAGACCGCCGUCGCUGUGGCAAAGGUUAGCUGUCUUUUUUGUUAACAUACCCAGCGGACUUUAAAAAAGUAGCAUUGGGGCAACAUCCCGUCGUGAGGAAAAGGCGCGGAAGGACAUCUUUUACGGCUUGCGAAUCGGGAAAAAAUCGCGGCAACAUCGCUUGACGACGCCACUGUUGGCAGCAAUGGAAGUUGUUGCGACAGAGGAGAAGAAGAAGAUAUUCCGUGCCAAGAAAACCAUGAAGAUCAGUGAUCGGCAGCAACUGGAAACACUACACAGCACUCUAUUGACAGCUUCGUCGAGUGCGUCUGAACCAUCUCCGCCGCCGCCUCUAAUGAAUGGCUCGCACAGAGAGGAUGGACAAAAGGACGCAGAGCAAAACAUCCACCAGGACUCAAACUCCCCCAUUGCUGCAUCGCCUGCUUCUAUCACCUCCCCGAGCUCUCCUGCUCCGUUCCUGUCGCUCAAUUUGUCCCCCUCGCCUGUACCGUCACAAAGUCCAAAAGAAAAGGAUGAAUCCCCUUCAGACCCUUCAUCACCAUUCCAUUCUAUAAACUUUGAACAGAAAAGGGAGGAGGAAAAGACUAGCUUUCCGUCAUCCUCACCGAAGGACAUCUCUGAACCAGCAGCAAAGGAAUCCAAAGAAAAACCUGAGGAGGACCAAACCGCAGCAAAGGACAAAGGUAACAAUUCGGACAAGGAGUCUGCUACAGAAUCCGCUCCUUUGCGUCCUCUAUCUGAUGGCACUGUACCAAUGGAAACAGACACUACAAAGGCCAAGGACGUCACCCCAACAAAGUCUUCUACUUCCAAUUCCUCGAGUCCUUCGCCCUCUUCCUCAGUUGAUAUGAAACAGGGAAAGGCCCUUGCAGAAGGGUUGAGCAAAGAGGAGACUAAAAAAAGCUUGCUAAAACAAGACAAGGUGCAUGUUACCAUUGUUCAAGUGGAGGCUAAAAAGGAAAAAAUGGACACUGAGCAGCCUUCAAAGCCAUCGCGCCCUUCAUCCACUCCACCUUCAAAUACAGUGUCAGAGGAAACGAAUUGUACUUCUGGAAUCAAGCGCACUUUGUCAGAAGGCUUUGACAGAGAGGGGCAGAUUGUAAAACAGGAGGGGAAAAGAAUGAAGAUGGACCAAGGGGAGUUGGAGGCUGAACUGGAACUCAAAAUCACUGCAAAAGCCAGCAGUCAUCACAAACUUGAGAAGAUUGUGCAGCAGUUAGUGGUUGAAAGGUUGAAGGACCUUGAGAUGACAAUUUUUGAAAAAGACUUCCGGGAGCUGAAGGGCAGAGUUGACCAGAUUGAUUGUGCUACAAAACACCAAUCGGCCAUUAAUGCUCUCCAAGCAAAGAUAAGCCGACUAUCAAAAAAGUUUGGGGAAGCAAAUCAAGCAACAGAAAACAAAAGGAAACAGGAGGCACUUGCUGCUUCAAAUGCUAUGGCUGCUGCAGCUGCUGCUGUGGCUUCUUCUCCUACCACUGUUGCGGCUGCCAAGACAUCAUCUGUUCCAAACACCCCUCAAGUUCAACGGCCAGUCCGGACACCAGUGGAGGUGAAACAGAUCCCAACACCAACUGUUACUAUACCUCACACUGCUGCAAAAGCCGGUCCACUUGUCCCAACGACUGUCUCCACUCCUGCAACUAUUGUUUCACAGGCCCCCAUUAUUAAAUUGAUUACGUCUUCGUCCAAUCCUGUAUCCACCUUGGCUACUGGUAUCACCACUCAGAGCUCUACAGGCACCCUGUUACUGAAAACAGCACCUCCCGGUGGUGUGAUGACUGGACAGCCACUUAUCAUACAGCUGCCAGUAUCGAUGACUAAUGGACAGACAGGAACACUGGUCAACUUCCCGGUGACCUCUCUGCCUGCGGCUGGCACACUCAAUAAGCCCAAAACUACUGCUCCCACAGCCACUUUCAUCAUCAAGUCUGCUGUCACUACCACUGCUGCAGGUUCUGUUCCAACUCCAAUCACUGUGCCAGCCCUCCAGGCUUCCUCGAGCCAGGUGACCUCAGGCCCUAUCGCAGUUACCCGAGCCAUAUACCAAGGCGGUGCUGGGGGAAUAACGACACCCAAUGCCGGAGUGUCCGUUACCACGGCUAGGACCGUGUCUGUUACUACAGCUAGGACCAUGGUUCCAACUGUGUCUGUGGCUGGAGCCAUGUCUACUGCGUCCUCAUCUGCGACGUCUGUUCCAGCAGCAACGGGUUCAACAGCCCCAGGACCUCCACAAGGGACAUCUUUGACAUCAAAAACAGACAACCAAGCUACAGGAAUUACUCCAUCCAAAGGAGCUACUCCAGUAACACGUCCCAAGGGUGCCGUCAUAGAUCUGACUGAAGAUGAUGAUGAAGUAGAGGUUACGGCAGUGAAGGAGGCUACAGUUCCGAGUCCCUCACUUAACCAACGUCCACAGGCAGUCAGCGUUCCAAGCACCUCAGGGGCUAGGUCGUCCCCACAAAGCAGCCAGAACACAUCCAGCAGUCACACAUCAGUGCAAAGCCGCCCUCAACUGGAUUCUUCGGUGAAAUCCCGUACUUCUACUGCUACGCCAACUCGAGGCUCCAGCACCACGCUCCCCCCGCUACCGCCUGCACCGAUAGCCAUAAGCCUUUCACCAGAAGCUCAGCGGACCUCGGCCCCUCAGCAGCCUCAGCUAAAGCUGGUGCCAAGUAAUUCCGGCAUAGUGCUGUCCUGGUGCGUGUCCGAAACGGAUCAGUCGUGCGCGGCCGUCGAAAGCUAUCACCUCUAUGCCUACCACCAAGACAACUCCAACAGCAAUUCAAGUCAGCAGCACUGGAAGAAGAUUGGGGAGGUGAAAGCCCUUCCACUGCCAAUGGCCUGCACCCUGACCCAGUUCCAGUCUGGCUCCACAUACCAUUUUGCAGUUCGAGCCAAAGACAUCUAUGGCCGUUUUGGGCCCUUCUGCGAACCGCAAUGCACAAACGUUAUCAAUCCCAGCUCAAACUGAACACCUGUUAAAACUAUUCGCUUUUUGGACUGUUCAUGACCUCCUUUAGGCAAUGUAUGUGUUAGGCACUCCAAUAUUGUGCAUUGUUGACAAAGUAUCUGUAAAUAGUUCUCAGCCAACCUCUGACUGACUUGCAAUGUUGAAGCAGCAGUCAGUGUAGUUCAGUGGUUUCUGUACUGUACGUAAUGUAUUUUUCAUUAUUAAUGCGGUUGUAUAUAAGUGAACUACUUCACCCACUUACGGUCCACGUCAGAUAAUUUAUGUUAUUGGCUCAUGCAAGUUGCUGAGAUGUUGUUUUUGCUUUACUGUCGACAUGAUGCCAGGGCUGUCUUGUCAACAGAAUUGCACAAAAAUGUAUACAUGUGUGGUAGAAAGUGAAUGAUAUCUUUUGUAAGGUUUGUCUGGUAACCAGACUUGUAACAGACACAAUAAAAAGGUUUUAUUAAA